AUGGAGCGAACGCAGAAGGUUCUGAGCCUUCUGGGAACACACGGCUGGUGUCUGAAAGCAUGGACUCUGGGCUUUCACAAGACCCUGCAGGUCCUCAGCACCUGCACGGACUCCACUCCCGGGCAUGAACACCUCAGAAGCUGGUUGCAGCCCCGGCACUUUAGCGCGGGAGGGACCUCGGCCAGUAACUCGAGAAACGCCAGCAGCUCCCAUCCUUGGGACAUUUCGGACAUGGAGAAGCUGAGGCCCAGGUCAGACAUGACCAGUGGGCAGUUUGGAGGGAAACUGGAGCUCCCGCCGGGGCGUUCCCCCAGCAAGGAGGCUGCUCCUCAGGUCCCCGGACUCUCCUCCUUCUCGACACUUCUGAGCAUCUGA